GGAAGGCUCCGGAAAGUUAUUUGGCCUGAAUGAAGAGGCGACCUGGAGGACUACUGAGCUGCCACAGAGCCGGCUACAGAGGCACCUGUCACCCUCCCUGCAGCCAGACCAGCUAUGGCCAGCACCCCGGGGCCCUUCUCCUUUCCCAUGGCACACGUUGUCCUCUUUGUCUUCCUGGCUUCUGCCAUCUUUCACCUCCAGCAGCGACUGGCGAGGCUUCAACCCCCAGGGGAGGUGCAGACACCAGCGCCACAACCCACGCGCGAGAGGCCCACAGCCCAGCAGCUCCAGGGCAUGUGGACCAUCAACGCAGUAGGCCGCCUGGGGAACCAGAUGGGCCAGUACGCCACGCUGUACGCCCUCGCCAAGCUCAAUGGGCGGCCCGCCUACAUCCCCGCGCAGAUGCACAGCACGCUGGCCCCCAUCUUCAGGAUCACGCUGCCCGUCCUGCCCAGCGCCACGGCCCGCAGCGUCCAGUGGCGGAACUACCACCUCAACGACUGGAUGGAGGAGCAGUACCGCCACAUUCCGGGGCGCUACGUCCGCCUCACGGGCUACCCCUGCUCCUGGACCUUCUACCACCACCUGCGCCAGGAGAUCCUGCGGGAGUUCAGCCUGCACGAGCACGUGCGCCAGGAGGCCCAGCAGUUCCUCAGGGGUCUGCGGGUGAACGGGAGCCGGCCCAGCACCUUCGUGGGGGUGCACGUGCGCCGGGGGGACUACGUGCGUGUCAUGCCGCAGGUGUGGAAGGGCGUGCUGGCCGACAGGGGCUACCUGGAACAGGCCAUGCAGCGGUUCCGAGAGCGCUUCAGGUCCCCCGUCUUCGUGGUCACCAGCAACGGCAUGGCCUGGUGCCGGCAGAACAUCGAUGCCUCCCGUGGCGACGUGGUGUUCGCCGGCAACGGCAUUGAGGGCUCCCCCGCUAAGGACUUUGCGCUGCUCACCCAGUGCAACCACACCAUCAUGACCAUCGGGACCUUCGGGAUCUGGGCCGCCUACCUGGCCGGCGGAGAGACCACCUACCUGGCCAACUACACCCUCCCAGACUCGCCCUUCCUCAGAGUCUUCAAGCCAGAGGCAGCCUUCCUGCCAGAGUGGACGGGGAUCGCUGCAGACCUGUCCCCGUUACUCAAGCACUAAGGCUAGCCCCUCGUGGCCAGCCUGACCCUUCCCCUCUUCUGGCUCCCCCGAGAUCAGUUCCAAGGCAAAAGGCACACAAUGUUACGGGCACAGGACCCUUUCCCCUCGAGUGAGGAUGCCUUCGGCUGUGAGGGAUUUCCCAACAAAUGUGUCCAAAGAACAUAUCUGUAGUCUGGCAAAAUUGUCCAGAGGGACACAGCCCAGUGCUGGUUAACUGUCAGCUCAACAGCACUGUCGGUGACCUCAGCUGUCACUGUCUCUUCUUAGCCCAGUUGCCUCAUGCUGAACCUCCCCCCCCCAAAAAAAGCUGCCAUAUAUAUGGGUGUCUCACAAACAACCUCAUCCAGAGACAGCAAAGAGAUCAUGCUGGGCACAGCUGCGCCCUCCUGUAAUACCAGCAGCUCUCGAGGCUGAGGCAGGAGGAUCACGAGUUCAAAGCCAGCCUCAGCAAAAACAAGGCACUAAGCAACUCAGUGAGACCCUGUCUCUAAAAAAAAUACAAAAUAGGGCUGGGAUGUGGUUCAGUGGCCCUGAGUUCAAUCCCUGGUACUACACCCUGCCCCCAAAUAAAAGAGCUCAUCAUGGGUCCCUUUUGAAGAGGGAGGGAACUCUCUCUGAGUUCAUUUUCCAUUACCAUAAAGAAAUACCUGAGGCUGGAUAACUUGAUAAAGGUCUAGUGAAGAUCUGAUGGCAGAUGGCACCACAGGGACAGAGGGGCAGGUGGGAAGCAGCAAUCAUACGGCCAGACAGGAAGCCAGAGCAGGGCGAGUGCCAUUAUUGUUCUCUCUGUAAUAACCUUUUUUUGCAAGAACUCACUCCAGGUCCCCUAAGAACUCCAUCAAUCCUUUGCGGGGUCAGUGCUUCUAAUGACCUAAGGACCUCCCACUAGGCUCCACCUCUUAAAGGUGCACCACCUCUCACAUCAUCAGAGGACCAUCCUCCCAAGUCAUGAAAACUUAGGGGACACCCUCAAAAUCAUGUUAAAACCAUAGCAUGUUCCUAAGCCUGCCAGCAACUUACUCCUCAAUCUUUUGGGCAAGAUUUGUGUCACAUGCAUAUGUGGCCCAUUAUGAGGGCAAUCUAAUGGUAAUACAACAGUGUGUUCAGCCUCAGAUCCUGCAGCUGAGGAGCUAACAAGCUCUUGAGAAGGACAUGGCAAUCUGCAGAGACCUGGGGUGUCACUGCCAAGAAAGAAAUGGGGAAUGGCUAUAGAGUAAACAACAGGGAAGCCCUGAGCUGUCACACAGAUUGUUCACUGCACAAAACAUCUGGUCAAAGGGGCAAGCGGAACCUAAGGAGUGCUAUGGUCUACUCACCAGGCUGUGUCCCUGGGAACAGCUCCCUUUAUUCCUAGUUAGUCCAUCCAGAAGAGGAGCCUUCUCAGUUGUACAAAAGCACCGUACCGGCGAGCGGCUGGUGUGCAUGGAGAGCAGACACCCCACCUCUGCAACUCUGACUCCCUACCACCAAGGCUGAGCGAGGCUGAGAUCCUGGAGACCAGCAUGGCUGAGUGAACUGGAGGGAUUCCACUUGUUUUUACAGUAAGUGUGUUACACACCCGGCCAUGAAGACCCCAUAAGACUCUUCUUUCUUGGAUACAUCUGUAAUGACCACAUAGAUGAUCAAAGAGGAACAUUUACUUAUUAAAAUAAAAACUAUUUAGCCACAUUAUGAACACAGCCAUGGCAAUUCUGAGGGGGUAGGGUCCUCAAAGAGUUAUUAUUUGGAUAUAGUAGGAGCUUCUAAAUACAUCUUAGGGGUAGACUAAACCCCAUUUCAAGCCUGGGUCAAAGGACAAAUUUUGCAACGAUUUUAUAAAUCUUAAGGUACUUCUUCCAGACCACCCACAGAUAGGUAGGGAAUACUUACUGGGUAAGGAAAAGUGGCCUAGAGGCAGGGGUGCAGUGGAGCUGAACUGCCAGCUGUGUGGAGAAAGGGUACAAGGGACAAGAUGGCAGAGAGACCAGUGGGAAUAGUGUGAUAUUCCCACGGUGAGGCGAUAGGGAACCAGGCUGGUAAUGAGGGGGAGCAAAGGGUUCUUUCAGGGGCCCCCAGAGUCCUUAGUAUCUGCCACAAGUUCACCUUCCUGAAAGAGACAACCAAUGAACGGCCUCAGCUGGAGUCAAACAUCCACCGUGGGCCAUUUACCUAAGGUCCCGGAGGCGUCACCUAACAGAAGCACGGGGCUAUACGUGGGCCAGGGACUUCAUUCCAAGAGAAGGCGAUGAAGGAGAACAGGCGCUCCUUGACUAACAACAGGCUUACAUCCCCUUAAAACAAACUGGGGUUGGGUACCUCAGCCUAGCAUG